AUGCCGCCGAAGAAGAAGAAGAAGACAAAAGAGAAACAGAUUUCCCCCCCGUUGGAGGAGAAAAACAACGACGCAAAGGUGAAGAAGACCAAGACGACGAAGACCGAGCGAGUGUUGGAAGGAGGAAAGAACGAGGACAAAAGAAGCAAACGAAAAGGAGCAAAAGAUGUGAUGGUGUUGCCGAUACCACCAUCUCUCACGAAGACGACGACGGAGAAGAAAAAGAGUUCGAUACUCAAAACGACCACACAGGUGAAGACGAAGACGAAGAAGGAGAACGAGGACGUCGAGAACAACAUCGAAGAAGAAGAAGAAGAAGAAGAAGAGGAAGAAGAAGAAGAAGAAGAGAAAGAGAAAGAGAUGCAAGACAACGAGACUACGAAGAACGAGAACACGAAUAAUAAUAACGCGUCUGUGAGCUUCUUCGAUCGAUUGACGGCGGUGCUCAGUUCCGCGAAGAAGAAGAAGAGCGCUCGAGAGGAAACGCCGACGAGUAAGAAGACGAAGGGAAACGACGACGACGAUGACAGUGAGACGGCGAAAAGACCGAGCAGUCGGAAGAGGAAGAUUUCGUUUUCCUUCGGCGGCAAGGAGGAGGCGACGAUGAUGCCGCCACCGCCGUCGAGUGGUAAGAGGAGACGGGUGACGUUUGAGGACGAAUCCUCGCUUCUCGGCGCGGGGAGGAUGAGGUACGCGACGGCGAUUGGAAUCUUAGCCGGGACGACCGCGUGUGUUUUGGGAGGGCACUUGGCCUCGGUGGCGUAUUUGUUGGAUAGUUUAGGCGCGUAG